UAUAGCAGCGGGUCCGGCCUCGCCCCGCUGCGCCGGCCCGCGAUAACGCCGCGCUCUGUGUCAACACGGGGCUUUUUCAUCAGGAAUGAAUCACCGGCUGCGUACCGGCCGGGGCGGGCGCGGGCGCCGGUGCCAGGGCCGAGCAGACCUGCCCCGCGGCCCCUGCCCCUGCGAUGGCCGCUGCUUCGGCACCCGGCGGCUCUCGCACCGGCUCGGGGCGAUAACUUCAUCAGCUCGCAGGAUGCAAUUGCACGGACCACUCUCCCUUCUAACAACAUGUCCACGAAAGGGAUUUUGGCGAAGUGCCUCGAGCACGAGCCGGCGUACCGCAGGGCUGGCCGCUCCCACCGGAAUAACCCAUUUCCUGGGAGAAAUCGCCGCUCGGAUCACAGCAAUCUGCAAACGUGCUGAUAGAUUCGGUUUGAAAAUACGGAAAUCAAAGCGGUCAAACCUUUCAUUUAGAAAUCUGCAAAGCUAAGCACACGUCUUUCUGUUUUUAUUCUGUUCCUUAGAAAAUCUCUUUAAAACCCAACCUCUGAAAGUUAAAUGGAAAGUUAUAUUCCAGGUGCAACACUUUUUUUCCCUUGUGGGGGUUUUGGCCGGUGCUCUGCUCUCCCGUGUUUGCUCAGGGAGCGGGGGACGGGCCCGGCUCGCCGCGGGCUCCCGGCUGCCCUGGCGUGCGAAACGCCCGGCGUGGGUGGACGCGGUGCCGCGGGCACUGGCCUGGCGCAGGCUCCCACCCGGCCGCACCACCCACCGCCGGUUUUCCGGCCGGGAUUGGGAUGGCGACAGAGCAAAAUGUGCAGGGUUAUCCAUGCAAAGGGGCCUCUGAGCCCGGGCUGCUAAUAAAACAGCAGAAAUGAUGUGUUGAGCUGCAAUUUAAUGAAAUGCGACUGCUGGCUGCUGCAGCGCCCGGGCUUAUAGGCAACGUAUGGGCUGUCGCAGCCCUGUGUCGCUUGCAAGCGGUGUCGGGCAGCGCGUUUCGGUCCAUGCACCUUUAUGCACUUGUCCUCAGACACCCUGGAAAGGGGCUGUGCACGUCGUGGGAGACGUGUGCCUGUGCUCACCUCGGGCCUCGGCGCCUUACUCAUUUGCAGAAAACUGUUUACAGGCUAAAAAUAUGUAAUCUCUCUUCUUUUUUUUGCAUUUCCUUUAGUUCAGCCACUUCCACUAUUAGCCAGGCCUGAUUCAGAUCGCACCCGGGUAGCAUUUACAGAAAAAAAUCUUUUUUUUUUCCUCUGCUUAUCAGCCGUAUCUUUUAUCUGUUAAUCUGUUUGCGUAUCGCCGAGCGUUUCGGAGGGAGCUCUCUGAUGGCAGAUAGGCGCUUAAAAAAGAAAAUAAGUUAAAAAUGACUGGCACCGGCGUCUCCGGUAACAGCAGGCUGCUGCUUUGAUAUUUAUUUAUAUGUUUGCUCAUCGACGCAUUUAUUUAGGCACCAGGCAGACGGUGCCGGCUGGGACCAGGGGCUGGCGGGGGGCUCAGGGUGGGCAAAUCCCGGCUGUCCGGGAGGCUUCGGGAGGCUGCGGACGGGCGGGAGCCGCGGAAACGGGCAAGAUCGCGUGAGCUGCCUGGGAGCGGCACGAGGACGGCGGGACGGACGUUGCAGUUUGCAGGUACGCUCGGCACCCGGCCCGGCACCCGGCGUCUUCCGCCUCGGAAAAGCGGCUUGAAAAGCUGAACUUGGGGUCCACGCUUUUGACUUAAAACAAACCCUCUCCUGCGCCCAUGCAAAAUGAGCUAUUCUGUUCCGAAUUGACGUUUUAGGACAAAAAAAAUAGGAUGCUGAGACUUUAUUACCCUAAUUAGUUGAAUUUUUUUUUACCCUAUUUGGCUGGGUUUUUUUAACCCUAUUUAGCUGUUUUUUGCCCGAUUUGGCCAUCGAGCGGCACACGCUCCUCGCCGUGCUCUGGGCCCGCCGGUCGGCAGCAAAACCGCGAGGAUGCCGGAGCCUGCGAGAAAAACCCAUCUUUCUCCUGCCGAAUCGUCCGACGCCGCAGCCGCGCUGGACCUGUGCACCGGAGGCUGCUGCCGCGCGGGAGAGAAACCCCGGACACGUUCAGACGACGCAGCGGAAAGGCGGGAGCGUCACGGGGGGGGCGGCGGGGCUCAGCAGCGCUCAGUGCCGGGGAGCCCGCGGGAGAGCGGGGAGCAGCACCGCGGCCGCCAGCUCACCUCAGAUAGCUAUCUGCUGCAGCAGCAUCUCCCGCACCGCGGUAGGAAAUGAGCCAGUUGAGGAUGACAGCCAGCUAAGACGGAUAUUCGGGGACAUAUCAGUGCGAUAAGGGAGGGGGAAAACUCCAGCAAGAAAUGGACGUUUAGCUUGGCAGUUGCCAAACUGUCUGGGUAAGUGGAAUUUCACAGGAGACUGGUGAGAUUAUCUGGAAAGCUUUUGAUGAAAUGCUCUUAGCAAUCUGUCACGGAGGAGAAUGUAUAACCUGAUCCAUAGGAUGGAUAACGUCUUUGCUCUUAUUAUCUGUCUAUCUAGCAUACUAUUGAGGCUACUUUAAUCAGGAUAUCAAAGCUCUGGUUAAAAACACCUCCCUGUGGCAGCCAUUUAUGAGCAGUAAGAGCGUACAGGCAUCGAGCUACAAUAGAAAGUGCUUUUUUGCAGUUAAAGCUCGCAAAAUGAACACGACCUGAUUGCUGUCCCUUAUUAUAAAGUUGCCUUCUCUUGACUAUUAUGGCCAAAAGCUCCAAGCCAAGGGUUCCCGUUCACGCACAUGUGUUUUUUGAUCAUGUGCCUUAAGGCCCAUUGACUUCCACAGGAUUUAAGUAUGUCGUUCAAAUUAAAUGCGAGAGGGUUCAAAUGCAGUUAAAUCUUCCCAGCUCCUUAAUUUGCAGUGGGAUUUGGGAAACCAGCUUGCUUAGUCACUGAAAAAUCCUGUCCGAAGUGUUGGGAUGAGUCUGGCACGUCCGAACCGUGACCGAUGCGGGAGCCCUGCUCCAAGCUCGCUGCCCGCUUUGGGUUACUUGGUUCUGGGGAGUUUAUUAUUAUAGUCACCAAAUAUUUUUUAUGCAUUACGAAAAAAGAAAGUUAGAGAGAACGAAAGCAUGAAGAACAAACUUCAGCCUGUUUUCCGGUGCCGCGGUGGAGCUCGCGAGCUGCAGCCACGCGUCAGGCCAAAGUAAACGGCCGGGAGGGAGUUUGUUGCUGGAUGUAAGGGACACAUAGGAGGAGGGAUCACAACUGUAGUAAUAGCUUAGCACAGAGCCUAGGAAAGCCUUGAUAUAUUUAUUUUCUGCAAGUGCUGUCUGCAGUGGUAGACCGUGCUUUCACAUGCUGAGUCUCAUCUUUAGUUGAUGUGCAAUGGCGUUUAACUUGAUGGAAAAGUUUUGACCGCCGCCACGCUGAUGGUUUCGCACCCAAAGCUUUUCUCCCCGGUCGCCCGCUGCUCCGGAGCCCCUCGCCGGGGCGGGUCUGGCUCUUUCCCCGCGGUAUCGCUCGGCUGGGUCUGUCCCUGCGCUGAAAUACCCCCCAGCCCCGCAGCGAGAAAGGUAAGGCGAUAAAUCCUGCUGGUUUGCUGCAGCUGCACCUCCGGCUCGUCGCCCGCGGGCUGGUCGGGGGGUGAGGAUGCCCCCGGCCUGGCAGCAAACCUAGCGGGUGCCGCGGGCUCAGGCGCGUGUCUCCCCGCAGGACGCUCCGCGGCACCCACGGCCCCGGCAGGAUGGACUGCUCCCCGUGGUGGGUGCUUGUCGCCAUCUCCGCCAUGACCUUGAUCUUCCACGCGCUCUUCUUGGUGAUACUGUACAUGAUACUCAGCAGGAAAAUAGAGCAUCUCUGCGGCGGCAGCAAGGCUGGUGACCAGCCGGCAGUGGAGCCCGAGCGGCCCCCGGCCCCGGCCCCGGCCCCGGCGGGGAACACGGCGCUGCAGGCAGCCUACGCCGGGAGCAGCGACACCUCUUCGGAGACCUCCGACGACUCGGACAGCAGCCCGUCGGGCCGGCAGGUGCCGCGCGCGGAGGAGAGCCUCAACUACACCUCGCUGCGCUUCACCGCCAAGGGCCGGCCGCCGGCCGCCGCCGACUACGAGAACAUGAAGGUGGGAGCGGACUACAUCAACAUGGACCCCAAGAAGAGGAAAGCCGACUUCUGGGCUUGCUCCAGCCCCGUGGCGGCCAAGUCCAUAGAGUACACGGAGGUGAAGCUGUGACCGCCCGGGGGGGGGGCUCCCCCGGCCGGGACCCUCCGGCACCGGCCUCACGGAGGGGGUUUCUGCUCCUCUGCUCAAUGAGUGACUUCUGCUGGAUUUUAUUCCCGGCAAUCCCUAACCCCCCCAUCCUGGGGAUCCUACGGGAAGGUGCCACCGCUCCUGAAGAGCCCAAGCGCGGGAGCCGCAGCUCAACAUACCCGAACCAGGCUGGCAUCUCCUCUACACCUUUUUUUUUAAUUUACUUUGCUGACAGUUGCCAUAAAAAUCCUUUCAAAUACA